AUGGCGGAUCACCAGAGGCAGAGGAUCCACCCGGUGGACCUGGAGGCGGGCCAGCCGAGGCCGUCGGCGCCGCUGGUGCCGCCGGGCAGCUCGUUCCGGUCCGACAAGGGCGACCCGGCCGCUGCCCCGGACAGGAGGCCGCCACACCACCAGCCGCUGCCGCCGCCGCCGCGCCGCGUGGCCGCACCUCUGCCGCUGCCGCCACCGAAGCGGCGCAGGGGCUGCUGCUGCCGCUUCAUCUGCUGCGUCGUGGUGACCGUCCUCCUGCUCGCCGUCCUCGCCGCGGCGGCCCUGGGCGCGCUCUACCUGGUGUUCCAGCCCAAGGCGCCCCGCUACUCGGUGGACCGGCUAUCCGUGUCGCAGUUCCAGGUGGACCCGACCCUCACGGCGAGCGCGCGGUUCGACGUCACGGUGACGGCGGCCAACCCCAACAGCCGCAUCGGCAUCUUCUACGAGCGCGGGUCCAGCCUGAGCGUGUGGUACGACACCCACAGGCUCGCCCAGGGCGCGCUCCCGGCCUUCUACCAGGGCCGCCGCAACACGACGGUGCUGGGCGUGGUGAUGGCCGGGCAGGCGCAGCUGGGCAGCGCGGUGGUGGCGGCGCUGCGCGACGAGCAGCAGACGGGCGCCGUGCCGCUGGUGUUCCGCGCCGACGUGCCCGUGCGGGUGGAGCUCGGCAGCCUCAAGCUGUGGACGGUCACGUCCAGGGUGCGCUGCGACCUCGUCGUCGACAGCCUCCUCAACGCCAGCAGCCAGAUCAAGAUCAAGGCCAGCAACUGCAAGUUCAGCUUGAAGCUGUGA